AUGGAUCCUUUAAGCGCCUUAGCGAUAGCAACCGCAGCGUUCCAAUUUCUGGAGUUUGGCGGAAAGUUAUGUAUCAAAGCUUGGGAAAAAUAUAAGCAUAUACAGCAAGAAAGACCUGAUGACCAAAUGCUUGCGGAAGAAGAAAAAGAACUUCAAGCAAUUUUGGAGGAUCUAUCGUCUCAAAUUUCAUGGUUCCGAAACUUCUCCACGACGAUAGUAGCGUCUCAGCCCCUAACACCGGGCCAGGCACAGUUAUUGAAGCUAUCUUCUCAAUGCACUCAGCUUUCCAGUGAUUUUGAGCGGAUCAAAAGUCGAUUAAAGUUACCUAAUAGCCAGGAAACGAACUCAGAGCUUCAUUUUCGCAACCAUGUCGGUUCUAGUCCAGUAUUGCGUCGAAAUAUGCCGGAGGAAAAGUGUGGAGACUGCAAAAAAGCGAAAGUCGCAGAGGAAGCAGAAUUCCGAAGAAAUAGGGAAGAUGUUGAAAAGAUUGAGAGAAGAUUGGAGCCUCUUAGGCGCGAUAUAAUGGAUUCCAUACUUCUAUCUCUGUGGGAUGACUCAAAGCGCACUGAACAAUGGGAGUUGCAUUUUAGUAGCCAAUUAGACAAGCUCAUUGGAUUGCUUGGGAGCAUUGAAAACUCGACGAUGGAUGAUUCCCUGAAAUUGGCAAGGGGAUCAAGCCAAACUCGAAAUGAUGAUUUUGAAAGUCUCAAAGAAUAUACCCAGGCACAUGGAACAGCUGUCUCCACAAAGGUGGAUGGGGUAGCAGCCAGGCUAAGAACUGCUCUGCAGCCAGUGAUUCAGUCCGGAAAAGGGCCAACUUCGCUUAUGCAGCUGUCAGACGAUUUGAUUGAAUAUCUCAAGACCGACGGCGGAGCAAAGAAAACAAUUCGCUUGGAACUUAUAAACGUUCUCUGGAAGAAUGACUGGAAGCUGGAUAGUUCUAUGGCCUCAGCCAAAAUCGACACCACCAUGACCGCGCAUGCAAUAGCCGCCGGGAUUCAAUUCGACAAUAUUCAAACACGUGAAAAGGCUGUAGCAAACAGCUUUGAAGCAACAUCUUCUUGGAUACUCCAGGACGAGCCUCCACAGACAGAUGAUGCGCCCAUGUGGCAUAGCUUCCCAAACUGGCUGAAAGAUGAAUCUGAAAAGUCCUACUGGAUUACGGGCAAACCAGGUUCCGGCAAAUCAACUAUGAUGAAACUAAUAUUGCGACAAAAGUCCGUGAGGGAUUCGCUAUCCCAAUCGCUGGGAUCAAUGCGCCUUGUUCUCGUCAAAUACUAUGCCUGGCUUGCAGGCACAACUUUACAAAAGUCCAUCGACGGCCUCAAAAGAACUAUGUUAUUCCAGGUGCUGGAACAAUAUCCUGAACUCGCACCAGUCUUGGCCCCAAGGCGCUGGGCAUUCUGUCAAGCGUUGCGAAGCAUUUCGGGUCUUCCGGCGUGGGACUCAUGGGAGGUGGAGGAGUCAUUCGAGGCAUUACUGUCUUCGUGCGGAAAGAGCAUCAAGCUUGCUCUAUUCAUUGACGGGCUUGACGAGUUUGAUGGGCCACCUGUCGAGAUCGUUGAGUUUAUUCAAGAUAUGAUGGCACGCUGCCCUAAGGGACUUAAAUUAUGCGCUGCCAGCCGACCGUGGCCAGAAUUCCACGAUGGAUUCAACGAAGGGCCAAUGCUUCAAAUGCAUUUAUUAACCAAAAUCGACAUGGAAGCUUUUAUUCACGAAAAGUUGAAAAUCAACAAAGGCUUUGCUGAGAGAAAGCAAUUGGAGCCCGAAGCAUCCUCUCAGCUGCUCAUAGACAUAGUGGAAAGAGCGAAUGGAGUUUCUUAUGGGUCUCCAUAG